UCAUAGUGAUGAACAUUGGUGCACCUUACACCCUUGAUCGCUUGGAUUCCUUGCAGCGUUGCAACAGAGAUUUUUUCUUGCAGCGUUGAGCACUAAAGUGGCUGUGGCUUAGUGGUAAGAAUUCCACGUUACGGCCGCGGAGACCUGGUCCCAGCAGCUACAUAAAAUACUUUUUUAAUUCAUUUUUGGAUAUUCAUUUUAAAAUUCCUUUUUGGGUAGAAGUAGAACAUCCUUUUUAUCCGUAUUUCUUAACGAUCUAAAUUCCCGCUGGAGUUCUCCCGGAUGAUUCAUCUUCUUCUCUUCCCAUAGCUGCUGUUCAUAUAUUAUGCUUAACUCAAUUAUAUACUGUUCCUGUAUAAUAUUUGAAGGCAAUUAAUCAAAUGCAGAACUAGAAUCCUGAAGGAACAAAUUGUGGCAGCCCUAACCAUGUUUAACCUAAAUUUGUUGCUGAGUAAAGAAGAAUUGAACUCUAAAAGCAAGUCAAUGGAUCAAUGUCUUGACGGAUUGUUUCAUAAAAGGGGGUCCACAAGAGAGAUGGCGUUGGCAAUGCUUGUUGAUAAAUUUUGCAAGAACUUACAAAAUGAGUUUCUGGUCAACAAUACUUUACUGUAUCAAUGCUUCAAUUCUGUAAAGCGAGGAUCUAGCAAGGAGAUAUAUCUAGCUUGUCGCCUCAUUGGGUUUUUAUCUAUCACCAUUGGUUGCAAGGAUGACUUGGCACAUGAAGUAUUGGAGGAUGCAUUUCCCCCUCUUUCCGAAGCUCUUCAAUCUAAGUGUGAUCCAGUUGAGAUAUCAUCUUUACUGGACUGCUUAGCCAUCAUCACUUUUGUAGGAGGAGACGAUCUCAGUGAGACUGAAAGAUCGAUGCAACUUAUGUGGCAAUUUUUUCACCCGAAACUUGGUAAUAAUAUGGUUGCACCUACAACUUGUGCAAUAGUAUUAACAACUGCGUUAUCAGCUUGGUCAUUUCUUCUGUCAACCAUGGACGUGUUGAAGGUUAAUAAAACAUGUUGGAAAGAGUCGGUGUCUUACUUCUCGGAUCUACUUGACCAUGAUGACCUUUCUGUACGCAUAGGAGCUGCUGAAGCAAUAGCUCUAAUUUUUGAAAUGGGGUCGCUGGAGAAAUUCUGUAGUGAAGCUAAGAGUUCUAAAGUACAGCUGGUGCAUGAAGGAAGUAAAUGUCAGGAAAGCCAUUCGGACAUAGAAGGAUUGAAGGAAAAAAUCCUAAAUCAAAUGACUAACCUUUCGUUGGAAGCAGGUGAUGAAGUUGUACAUAAGAAUGAUAGUAAGAAAAAACUUAUUGAUGAUGUAUUGAGAUUUCUUGAGGACAAUGUUCGCGUUAAAACUUCAAUAAAGGUGGGAAGAAGUGGGCUUAGUAUAUCUACAUGGUCUCGAUUGCUUCAGGUGAACUUUAUGAUGCACUUUCUAGGACCAGGAUUUGUGAAGCACAUGCAGGAAAAUGAAUUUCUUCAUGAUGUUUUUGACUUCAAACCAAAGGAAAAACAACAUAUGUCAAGUGAGAACCAGCUUCUGCCUAAUAUGUUCACAUAUGAUUAUGAAGAGGUCGUUCUCAAAAAUUUCUACCAAGGUAACCCAUGGAAAUUAAAAGAAGAAGAAAUAGAAGGCAGGCAGCCGUAUCAGAAGAAGAAGAAGUCAGCGUGUCCAAACCCUGCCCUCAAAAAGGCAAAAAAUCAGGUGCGGAGGCAGAACCGCUUGAUAUCUCAGACAAGGAAUGCUGGUCAUAUGGCGGUUGGAUUGGAAGGUGAAGAUUUGUAAGAUAGUUGACCGGGUCCUUCUAACAAUGCUGGCCACUGAACCGUGAACAGUCUCUCAUUCGAUUCAAUUUUUUUUUAAUUUUAUUCAAUUACAUUCACAAUCAGGAGAAGGCUUAGAAGUUAAAACGCCUUCAGCACAGAAAUGUUUGGAGCUAUUUAUUGCUAAUCCAAAUUCUUUCAACCUAUCAAUAGAAAUACAACAGAAUGCAGCAUCUUAGAACAAUCAUUUAUGUGUCUUUCCCUGAUAUAUUAUUUAAAAAAUAGGCUUCUGACAUUUGUAUACACUUUUACAUGGUCCAAAAUGCAUUACAGUAAAGCCAGCAGCUCCAAAA